AUGGCAGCACAGCUCAGUUAUAACCCCAGUGCUGGAAGUAAACCCCUGAACAUCCCUUGCAAAGCAUUCUUUGGAUUCAGUGGAGAGUCUGGACCAAUGAUCUAUUGGAUGAAAGGAGAAAAGUUUAUUGAAGAACUGGCAGGUCACAUUAGAGAAGGUGAAAUAAGACUCCUCAAAGAGCAUCUUGGAGAAAAAGAAGUUGAAUUGACACUCAUCUUUGACUCAGUGGUGGAAGCUGACUUGGCUAAUUAUACCUGCCACGUGGAAAACAGAAAUGGACGGAAACAUGCCAGUGUUCUACUACGUAAAAAGGAUUUAAUAUACAAAAUUGAGCUUGCAGGGGGCCUGGGAGCAAUCUUCCUCCUUCUUCUACUGCUGGUGGUGGUCUACAAAUGCUACAACAUAGAAUUGAUGCUUUUCUACCGACAGCGUUUUGGAGGUGAUGAAACCGCUGAUGACAACAAGGAAUAUGAUGCGUAUCUUUCUUACACAAAAGUGGAUCAAGAUACUUUGGACUGUGUCAAUACUGAGGAAGAGCAGUUUGCUCUUGAAAUACUGCCAGAUGUCCUAGAAAAACACUAUGGAUAUAAACUCUUCAUCCCAGAAAGGGAUCUGAUUCCAAGUGGAACAUACAUUGAAGAUCUCACAAGAUGUGUUGAGCAAAGCAGAAGACUUAUUAUCGUGCUAACUCCAGACUAUAUUCUCAGACGGGGAUGGAGUAUUUUCGAACUGGAAAGCAGACUCCAUAACAUGCUAGUCAGUGGAGAAAUCAAAGUGAUUUUGAUUGAGUGUACAGAAUUAAAAGGGAAGGUGAAUUGCCAGGAAGUGGAGUCACUAAAGCACAACAUCAAACUUCUAUCACUGAUCAAGUGGAAGGGACCCAAAAGCAGCAAAUUGAAUUCUAAGUUUUGGAAGCACUUAGUGUAUGAAAUGCCCAUCAAGAAAAAAGAAAUGCUAUCCCAUUGUCACGUGCUAGACUCUGCAGAACAGGGGCUUUUUGGAGAACUUCACCCUAUACCUUCAAUUGCCAUGACGAGUACCUCAGCCACAAUGGUGCCAUCUCAAGCUGAUCUCCCUGAGUUCCACCAUUCGGAUUCAAUGGAAAAGAGGCAAUGUUGCAGAGGAUACAAACAUGAGAUGCCAACCAAUACCCUGUCAGUACCUUCCUUAGGCAACCACCACACUUACUGUAACUUGCCCCUGACACUCCUGAAUGGACAGCUACCCCUUAAUAAUUCCCUGAAAGAGACGGAGGAAUUCUCAAGGAACAAUUCCCUACUGCCAUUGUCAUCCAAAGAGCUUAGCUUCACCAGUGAUAUUUGGUAGUGAGAAAAAAAUCUUAAUUCCUCUAAACAACUACACGAGAAUAUGGAAUUUCUGCUAUACUGAGCAUAAACUACACCCAAAAAUAUUGAGGUGCUGGAAAUAUGAAGAAAAAGGCACAAAAUGAUGUUUAUACUUAAAUAUUUUUGUUUACAUUUAUAGAAUAGUGGGGGAAUAGAAGGUUUUGCUUUUGUAGUGUGGCACCUUGUCCCAAUGUACAGUUUUGAUUUUUUCUGAAAAGAAAAAAAAUUAUUUGUGUCCUUUUCAAGUAGGUGUUAUGGCACUACACGGACUGCCCAUGUUUAGGAGUUCAACAUUUGAACAGUAUUUUUCAAAAAAAGAGGAAAUUCUAGAGACUCAAUGAAUUUGAAAAUUAUGAAUGAAUGUUUAAGGGAAAGGAGAACUUCUUUAGAAUAAUUGAAAACAGUUGAGGAUUAUAAAGGAAAAAUAUUGAUGCAGCCAAUUUGAAGAUUGUUUGUCCAGGAAGACCAGUUGAGAAAACAGUAUGAUUGAAACUUUUACAUCUUCUUCAACGUAAUGGACAACUCCUGUCGACUAAAUCAACAGCCUGUAAUAACAGCUUUUAGUUCUAUUAGACAAGCACAUCAACUGUAGCCAAACUGGUAGGUAAACUAUGUGCAUUCCUUAAGCAAAUGAAUAAACAGCUCUAAGCUCUUUAAAGAUGAUUUUUAGUAAGCCCUAUGACUUUCUGGAUCAUUAAAAGAAUCACAACUUUGAAAAUACAUCUUAAAGUGCACAUUUUAUUGUUUUCAAAAACAUUCACAUUUAGAUGUGUUUUUUUUCCCUCAAACACUCUUGUGAGUGUCUCUACGAUUUGUGUGAAGAUGUGGGCCUUGUUUCACUUGUUUUUCAGCCUCAUUGCCAGUUGAACUUAAAUAUACAUUGACUGCAAAUGUCUGCAGGUGGAAAGAAGUAACAAAAAUAUUCAGAAAUGAAGUGCUAAGUCAUUUUGUUUUACUAGUGAUAGAGCAGCAACUGCAGACUUUUUCAUCUGCAACAGAGUUGUGAAAUACACUAUUCUGUACAUACAGUGAGUCUGUCUGUUCAGCUAUAUGUACAAAGCUCCUGCAGAAGUAUCUCUACUCCCGGUGCUUCAGAGAAUACAUUUGAUAGACUAAACUUGCCUACCUUCAUAAAGUGACUGUGACUGUACUAUUAUCAGAACAUCUUUGUCAAUAACCUAUCUCCUAUUGGCUAUAAGGAAUGAACCCAUAAUCUAGUAUUUAUUGUGUAUUAUGGCUUUCUGUCACUCACAAUUAAUUUGGUGUUUUCUCCAACUUGAUACCUGUGGGGAUCAAUGUCUUAACUGCUUAUCAAAGUUGAUUCAGAAAUUUUGCAAAUGGUUCUUACAAAGUUCUUGGACAAUUAUAAACAAGGACAAUGUACAAAAUGUGUAAAAUUUAAGACUUUUUAAAACCCUUGUGAUUGUGAGACCCAAAAGUAGAAGCAAAUAUGAGAAAAUAUGCUUUGAUGACCUGUCUGUAAUCUUUUUCCAUGGAUGGUUUCCUGUAAUCCAUCUGUUCUGUGAAAGUAAUUGUUUAUCUGAUGCUUUUCUAUAUCUAACUGUUCAGAAAAUGCAUUAAGAAACAAACUGUGUAAAAGUUUCACAGUGAUACAUGUUCAUUUCACCAGGAGACAAUUAGUUUCUCCUUUGAAAAUCCUUGUUCAGUGUAUGUAGGUAUUUCAUAGAUGUAUUUUCCCACCAGAAAUGGAAACUUCUGUAAAAAAAAAACUAUAGGCAUUUCAAAAUGAAAAUUUAUCAAUUCUGAAGUGUUUUUCCAGUGUUAUAAAGUUGUAUUUACUCUGGGUGUUCCUUAAUGCUAUAUGUAAUGACUAAAUUAAUAAUCUGCAUGAAAUGAGUGCUACAUGUUUUAAGUGGACAACUGUACUUUUUACUAUUUUAUUUUUCACAGAAAUCUAGAUUAAUUCAAAUAGAAUGUGCAGUCAUAUUUUUAAACUAAUAGUUCUGUAUUGAGCAUGCCAGUUCUGAAAAUAUAACAUGGGCCUCUCUGCUUCCUUUAUUUACAAUGAUUAAACGUGGGUAGCAAUUUGA